AUGGUUGCCUUUUCAAAAUCUUUCCAGCUUUCUCUUUCGCUCUUGGCAUCGACUGUUAUUGCCAGUCCCACGCCAUCACAACUUGAGUCUCGGGCCGUCAUUAAUUCUGAUGCAGUUGUGGGAUUUGCAGAAACUGUCCCUAGUGGUACAGUAGGCGUGGCUUAUAAGGCCUACAAACCUCAUCUUUAUGUCAUAAAUGGCUGUGUACCAUUCCCCGCUGUCGAUGCUUCUGGAAAUACUGGUGGUGGGUUAGCAACAACUGGCAGUAGUAAUGGUGAUUGUAGCAGCAGUACCGGACAAAUAUACGUUCGAGGAGCUCAAUCCGGAUCAUACUACGGUAUCAUGUACUCCUGGUACAUGCCCAAAGAUGAGCCAUCCGCCGGUCUUGGACAUCGUCACGAUUGGGAAGGAACAAUCGUCUGGCUCUCCAGCUCCACCUCUACUACCGCCGCCAACAUCGUAGCCGUGUGUCCUUCCGCCCACGGAGGUUGGGAUUGCUCCACUGAUGGUUAUUCUCUCACGGGUACCAGCCCUCUUAUCAAAUACGAAAGCAUCUGGCCAAUCAAUCACUCAUGUGGUCUUACCAGUACUGUUGGUGGUCAACAACCGAUGAUUGCUUGGGAAUCUUUAACUACUGCUGCUCAAACCGCUCUUGAGACGACUAGUUUUGGGGAUGGAAAUGUUCCUUUCAUUCCUGCUAGUUUUGCAAACAAUCUUGCAAAGGCUACCUUUUAG